AUGAUUUCCCAAAGGAUCCUACUUUUCAGUGUCCUCUUCUUAUGUUCAAGAAAGAUCACCGGUCAAUUCAUCCACGUCUGCACAAGUGAUGAAAUCUCUCGUGAUGACGUCGCCUCGAAUGGAUGUACUUGCCGACAAUUCAGCCCUCACGAUACCUGCACGAAAUGUCCAGUUGGUCCUUCUACUUGUACAUCGGAAGAUUCAGGAAUCUGCCUUUCCAACUGCAAUUUUGAUUGCACAUCAAAGCAGAACGAGAACAGCGAUGCCUGUGGCGUAUGGCUUCAUUCAGUUUGCGAGUGCAAGCAGAAUCCAUCACUUUGUAAUUUCCAGCACGGAAAGGGAACGACAGGCUGGGUGAAACUCGGCGGGAAGGGUAAUUUAGCCACAGUAGAUCAGCCGUUACGCAACAUCUUGGCCCUACAAAACCACGGAAGCCUGGCAAAGUCUGCUUGGGACUGGGGCCAGCAACCUCCUAUUUCUGACCCAAGUACCCAAGGCCUGGCUAUCAACCCUGUGCGAUCUAUAAGUCAGGAUCAAGUCCACAUGCACACUUGUGAUGUCAACCCCGGGAUGGUGAGCUUUUUAACAAAGAUUUCCACCAGCUCUGCUAUUUCAAACUAUCAAACAGUGCAACCGAUCAAACUCGAAAAACCAUUCAUACAUGACGGUCAUGAUACUCCGGACACAAUGUGGUGUCUCGCAUCACAAACUAAAAACACACCUAUUGACGGGGGACUUGUUCAAAACGCUAUUAACAGCGUAAUGGGGAAGCCGAAAGUAUGCAAUUUUAAUGUGGCUGCGGCAGUGAUACGUGACUCAAAUGGCUAUACAUGGGGAUGUGUUACAGCUGAUCGUGGUGAUUCAGAGCAUCGGUUCUUGGACACAUGUAACAAGUGA